UGUUUCCUUGGUCUAAUUGUGCUGCCGUCUGAGGUCUCUGUGUAGCCUGGGAAGCGUAGCCAGCAAGACGGGAUAGUGGGCAGGUGGGUGCCCACAUCACAGCCCUCAACCAUGGCAGAAAAAUGCAGCGAGGGGUUGCUGAAUGGUGCUGUGCCUGGCGAGACGCGGAAGCGAGACGAGAACAUCAAACGCGGCAACUGGGGCAACCAGAUCGAGUUCGUCCUCACAAGUGUCGGUUACGCCGUGGGACUUGGCAACGUGUGGCGCUUCCCCUACCUCUGCUACCGCAAUGGAGGUGGCGCUUUCAUGUUCCCCUACUUCAUCAUGCUGGUGUUCUGUGGGAUCCCCCUAUUCUUCAUGGAACUCUCCUUUGGACAGUUUGCCAGCCAGGGCUGCCUUGGUGUCUGGAGGAUUAGCCCAAUGUUUAAAGGUGUUGGAUAUGGUAUGAUGGUUGUUUCCACCUACAUUGGAAUCUACUACAAUGUUGUGAUAUGCAUCGCCUUCUAUUAUUUCUUCUCAUCAAUGACACGGGUACUACCCUGGACGUACUGCAACAAUCCCUGGAAUACACCCAAUUGCACCGGUGUGUUGGACGUUACCAACAGCUCAGCUGGGUCAUCACUCAACGUCACACAGAUGCUUAACCAGACACUCAAGCGCACUAGUCCCAGUGAGGAAUACUGGAGGCGGUACGUGUUGAAGUUGUCUGAUGACAUUGGGAACUUGGGUGAGGUGCGGCUUCCUCUGCUGGGUUGCCUGGGUGUCUCUUGGGUUGUCGUCUUCCUCUGCCUCAUCAAGGGCGUCAAGUCCUCAGGAAAAGUUGUGUAUUUCACAGCAACCUUCCCGUAUGUGGUGCUGACAAUUUUAUUUGUGCGGGGAAUAACCCUUGAAGGAGCUGUUACUGGAAUCAUGUACUAUCUAACACCUCAGUGGGACAAAAUCCUUGAUGGAAAGGUAUGGGGAGAUGCAGCCUCUCAGAUCUUCUAUUCAUUGGGCUGUGCCUGGGGUGGGUUGAUCACUAUGGCAUCAUAUAACAAGUUCCACAACAACUGCUACAGGGACAGCAUCAUCAUCAGCAUCACAAACUGUGCCACGAGUGUCUAUGCAGGCUUUGUCAUCUUCUCCAUCCUGGGCUUCAUGGCCAACCACCUAGGUGUGGAUGUCUCCAAGGUGGCCGACCACGGUCCUGGCCUGGCUUUUGUAGCCUACCCCGAGGCACUGACACUUCUUCCUAUUUCCCCUCUCUGGUCUAUACUCUUCUUUUUCAUGCUCAUCCUGUUGGGACUGGGCACACAGUUUUGCCUCCUGGAGACUCUAGUUACAGCUGUUGUGGAUGAAGUGGGAAACGACUGGAUCAUCCGCCGGAAAACCUUUGUGACACUGGGUGUGGCUGUGGUGGGCUUCCUGCUGGGUGUUCCACUCAUCACACAGGCUGGCAUCUACUGGCUGUUACUGAUGGACAACUAUGCAGCAAGCUUCUCUCUAGUUGUCAUUUCAUGUAUCAUGUGUGUCUCUAUCAUGUACGUCUAUGGGCACCGGAACUACUUCAAGGACAUUGAGAUGAUGCUGGGUUUCCCACCCCCCAUCUUCUUUCAGAUCUGCUGGAGGUUCAUCUCUCCUGCUAUCAUCUUUUUUAUCCUCGUGUUCACAGUGAUCCAGUAUCGACCCAUCACCUAUAAUACAUACAUCUAUCCCGGCUGGGCCAUCACCAUUGGCUUCCUCAUGGCACUGUCCUCAGUAAUCUGCAUUCCAAUCUAUGCCGUGUUCUGUAUCCUGCGCUCAGAAGGGGACUCGCUGCUGCAGCGUGUGAAAAAUGCCACCCGGCCAAGCCGUGAGUGGGGCCCAGCCCUUGCAGAGCACCGAAGCGGCCGUUAUGCAUCAGUGCUCAGCCCCUCUAUAGAGUCCCAGCUGGAGGUGCAGUUGCUGAACCCUGAAAAACCCAAGAGUGAUGAAGCUGGCGUGGCUGUUGCCAUCAGUGUUGGAAGCAAUGGCUCUACCCACAGCCAGGACUCCAAGAUCUGAACCUUAGCC